AAUCUCUCCGUCCGCAUCACGCUGUGCACCCCCUCUUGGUCUUGGUCUAGGUCUAGAUUCUGUAGAUUCUUCUGGAAUCGACUAGCUCAUAAACAGGCCACAUUGGCAUCGUCGUAGCCAAACUCAGCUUGCCCGACCCGUUGCGAUUUAGCGAACCCUAAAAUUAACCCGUCCGGUUCGAACACAUUCGAUUGCUUUUUCUUCAAUCAAAUCGAUUUCUCAGUUCCGUUCGGAUUUUAACCUCUCCGAUUUCGACUUCGGCACACCAAUUAGGCUUUGGUUGCUGUGGAACUUCUAUGGCAGAUCAGCACUCUAAUGAAGGUUCAAGUUCUGGGGAAUCUUCAGAUUCACUUGUUGAGCUCAGGAUCAAGACUCUAGAUUCACAGAUUGCUAGUUUUCUUGUUGACAAGAAUACACCAGUUUCAUCAUUCAAGGAGAGAAUAGCUAAUGCACUUGGUGUCCCAGUUGGUCAGCAGCGGCUGAUUUUCAGGGGAAAGGUCUUAAAGGAUGAUCAUCUUCUCUCUGCAUAUCAUGUUGAGAAUGGGCAUACAUUUCAUUUAGUUGAAAGGCAGCCAGCCCAAUCACAGGCUUCAUCUGAUACAAAUUCAGGAGAGACAAAUGGAAAUAACAGCAAUCGAGGAAAUGAUGCUAAUGCAGGCAUCCCUCGUAAUCGAGUUGGUCAGAUUUCACACAGUGUGGUUCUUGGGACCUUUAAUGUUGGAGAUCAAGGUGAAGGUGGCAUUGUUCCAGAGCUUACUCGGGUUAUCGGGGCAGUUUUAAAUUCUUUUGGAGUUGGAGGGCAGUCUGCUGCUACUGGUAUCACUACACAGUCUUCAACCUCUGCUCCUCAAGGAAAUGAAAUGGAUGGAGCACGUGGUGGUGGCGAGAACCAAGCUGGAAAUCAGACACAGUCACAAUCAUUUCCUGGUCAAUUGUUUCAAGUUGGUCCUCAAGUUAUUCCAAUCCCUCUGACUUCAGCACCAAUACCUGUUCCUUCACUUAAUUCGACAAUUCCUGAUUCUUUAAAUACUCUCUCGGAGUUUAUGGACCGCAUGGAGGCACAUUCUCCAAAUGGCUAUCAGCCAUACACAUCUACGACUAACAGAAGAGACCAACCAAGGGUAGUAUUACCGUCUGAUGCACGGGGUUUGCCGACACUUGAAGCACUGAGCAUGGUAAUGCGACAUGCAGAACAGCUUCUCAGCAGUCAUGCUAUUGCUGCAUUGUCUCAUAUUGCAGGACGCUUAGAGCAAGAGAGGGAUUCUUCUGAACCUUUAGUGAGGGAGCAAAUUCAAACAGAAUCAGUGCAAGUGGGUCUUGCAAUGCAGCAUUUAGGUUCCCUUCUUUUAGAGCUUGGGCGAACCAUAUUGACGCUGCGCAUGGGGCGUUCUCCUGCAGAAUCUUCAGUCAAUGCUGGGCCCGCAGUUUAUAUAUCUCCUUCAGGGCCAAAUCCUAUAAUGGUUCAGCCUUUCCCCCUUCAAACCAACUCCCUCUUUAGUGGUUCCCAGUCUCCAUCAAAUCCUCUGACUUUAGGUCCUGUUGGUACUGGAAAUGCUCCAAGGCACAUAAAUAUCCAUAUACAUGCUGGCACCGCACUGGCACCUGUGGUUUCAGCAGUUGGUAACAGAACAAGCAACGGGGAAGGGGUGCAAGGAGAACAUGGUAAUAAUUCUGGUUCUGGUUCAAUGCGGGUUCUUCCUGUGCGAAAUGUUAUUGCUACUGCUGUCCCAGCACGUUCUACUAGUGCUGCAUCCAGUGCAGCCCCCACUGAUUUGUCACUAUCCUCUGUUAUUGCUGAAGUCAAUUCAAGACUUAGAAACUUUGUUAGUAACAUGCAGGGAGAAAACCAGGUUGAAUCAGGUAAUAAUGCUGGUAUUGGACAGUCCAAUAAUAUGGUUGCUAGUGGAGCUGGGGAUUCUAGUGUUGCAUUACCAGCAGAUGUUCUUGAAACUGAAGAACAGAAGUCACAACCUCAAAAUGCUGAAGGAAGUAACAAGAUUAUGGAGAGUGGUGAGAGUUCAAAGGUUGUAACCGGCACAGUUGGAUUUCCUCCAAGUUCAAGUGGAGAACUCUUGAUAAAGUCAGAAGACCCAUCAGGAAGUGUUGUGAGAUCCAGUGAGGAAAAUACCAAACCUGUACCACUUGGAUUGGGGUUGGGGGGGUUGGAACGCAAGAGACGAGUCAAACAGACAAAAUCAUCUCUCAGUACUGGUGAUAGUGGAACAACUAGUUCUUCUUUUGAUCCGAACUUGAGUGCUAGAAUGACUGGCCAGCAGAUUUUGCAGUCACUUGCAUCUCGGAGCUCUUCUAUGAAUAGGGUGGAACAAGAUGUUUCCUCAUGUAAUCCAGGUGUUCAGAGUAGUAGAUUGUCAGGAGCACAAAGUUCUGAUGAUCAAUUAGAUGCUGCUAAUGCUGUUUCUCAAGUUCUUCAAAGCCCUGCAUUAAAUGGCUUAUUAGCUGGGGUUUCAGAGCAAACUGGUGUGGGUUCACCAGAUGUUCUUGGGAACAUGUUGCAGCAACUCACUCAAAGCCCGCAAAUUAUGAACACUGUCAGUCAACUAGCUCAGCAGGUUGAUAGCCAGGAUAUUGGAAACAUGUUUUCUGGAUUGGGGGGAGGCCAAGGUGGUGGAAUUGAUCUGUCACGGAUGGUCCAACAAAUGAUGCCUAUUGUCUCUCAGGCUCUUAGUCGUGGGACAUCUGUACCUCCGCCAUUCCCUGCUGUAGAACCUAAAUCACAGGUUCAGCAUGAUGGGAGGAAGUCAAGUGCAGCUGAUAAACUUUGUGAUUGUGAUUAUCAGGAUAAUAUUCAACAAACGGCUCGGAGGAUUGAGCAAUCUAAUUCAUCCGGCGAAGUCUUCCAGGCUGUUACUGAAAAUGCAGUUCAGGUAUAUGGCAAUGGGAGGAAUGCUGAAGAACUUCUGAAUGAGUUGUGUGGUAACCAGGGUCUUGCCAAGGAAUACACAGAGAUGCUACAGCAGGAUUUAAGGCGAAGAUUUCAGGAUAAAUCUGAGGACAAGUGUUAGCUCUUCGUUCUGAAAGUUAAAAUUACAAUUCAUAGAAGUUCUGGACGUACUGCAGCUAAUUACCUCCUGUACUGGGGUCAUUUUCUCUGUUUUUUGGCUCGUACUCAGAAUCCAUGUAUAAACUUAGGCUUCUGGGGGUUUGUUGGAUAUGCUGUUUAAGUUACAUUUGAUCUGUUUGUUUCAAAUGUACUUUUUGGUUAAUUGUGUAUCAAAUUGGAAUUUUGAUUAUAACCGUAAACUGUCUUUCCUGUCAAAUGAUAUUAAGUUCCAGUAGCAUUGCUUUAGGCUGGAAUCGACGAAAACCCAGACCUGUUUAUGUCUUCUUUCAAGUAAUCUUCUAGUUUUAAACUGGGGUCAAAUAGUUGCAAU